AAAAAUAUUUUGAUAUUUUUCAGUUCAAAAAUAUUUUCGCGUUCCUCAUGUAGAGAUGAUGCUCGAGUGAACUCUUCUGUGGCUCUUUUCGAUUUUGCAACACCUGGCACAUUGCCUGUCCUCAAUAAAAGUGCAGUUUUGCAAGCGAUAAAAACGGCUAUCAUACUCAAUUGCAAAAUUCCUUAUCAAAGUCGAUUUGAACGAAAACAUUAUUUUUAUGCAGAUAUGCCAGCUGGAUACCAAAUCACGCAACAAAGAAAUCCAUUUGCUCUCGACGGGCAUUUUGAUUUUUUUAUCCACUCAAAUAGCAAACGACUAAAUAUUGCUAGGAUUCAGUUAGAAAUUGAUAGUGGUAAAACAAUUCAUGAUCUAAUAAAUAAUCGGUCUCUUAUCGAUUUUAAUCGUUUUAUUGCUGCAUUUUUUGCUUUUUUAAUUCUUUUUAUUUCAAUAUUUUUUACUUUUAUGAAUUUAAAAAUUUUCAAAGACACCAUUUUAGAAGGAAAUUAUCGCGUUGAUGCAAAUGUUUCGUUGAACAGAAAAGGUUCGAAUGAUUUAGGUGUAAGGACAGAAAUAAAAAAUUUAAACAGUUUAAAAUUGAUAUAUGCUGCUAUCAACAAUGAGUUAAAUCGCCAGUUUGCAAUUCUCAAAAAUGGAGGAACAGUGGUUAACGAAACGUUGGCUGUUGAUAAUAAAGGAUAUACAGUUCCAAUGCGUGAUAAAGAAAUCGAAACUGAUUAUCGGUUUAUGCCUGAGCCAAAUCUUCCUGCUGUUAAAUUGGACAAGCGAUGGAUUGCUGAGGCUCGUAGUUCAAUAGUGAAGCCACAGUUUCUUCAUUACAUUGAAAAUUUUGGUAUGGAUCCUGAUGCGGCACUACGUAUUGCGGUAAUUAUUUUCCUUCAUGUAAUCUCUAAUUUCGUACAUAAAUUCAAAUAUAUGCUUCAAAUAUAUGUUUAUCGUUUUAUUCAACUCAAAACAAGACAAUUUGAAAAUCUAUGGCAAAUAACAAAUCCGGAAGAGAUCAAUGGAGUAGUUCAAAAAGUAUUUCUUGACAAUCCUAGUAUUGUUAAAAAGGCCCUGGCUAAGACGUCGCCAAAGCAUGUCACCAAAUUAAGAAACAUUGUAAUCGCCGAGUCUAACAAAAGAAUCGAAGUAGAAAAGGCUUAUCAAGCUGUUGUAAAGAAUUUGAAUAAUAUUCUGCAAUAA